UCCGUCUUUUUCCCUGUCUUCUCUCAGGGCGCGGGUGAACGCGACGGGGAUGCCAGGGGAGCCUGAAAGAUGCCGAGGAAACAAGCCGCGCUCCGUCCAGCAGAAGCCGCAUCCCUUCAUCAGCUUGCGGAGCUGAUACCUCAGGUCGGACAGUCACUACUUCUUCCUCUACUUCUCUUGCUCUGACUGUGUUUGAGGUGGAGAAUUUUUACAGGUGAAGGCAAAGAAAGGACGGGAGUCACAGGCUGUCCCAACAGUGAUACUCCUGUCUUUUUGGAGAGUUAAUGUUUGGACCCCUUGUUUUUUGUCCCAGUGAACUGCAUCAGGCUUCUUAUUUUUGGGACUGAGCAGGUGAAGAGGACUAAAUUUCAUCUUUUUUUUAUGGUUCUUGUUUUAUAAUGCGACGAGUCCCGUUUUAGACGGGGUUGAGACAAACUUCAUUUGUGCUCGGAGUACUCUUAGACUGGGACAGAGAUGUCAGAGGGAUAGCGGCUAGACUGCACUGGAAUUUGGGUGGAUAACAACAUGACUCGUCCUGGCAGAGGUAGAGUGACGUGCGAAAGCUUUACUUGAACCGGUCUCCCAACCACAACGCACAAAUCCCAGAAGGACAUAUAAAGGCAAACGACCACUCAUCCAAACCUCCGUGAGCAGUGGUUGUCAGACUUGGGAGGGCUUUUAAAGGAUCCACCCUUCUCUUUCCUCCACCUCCAACUCUUCCUCCCUUUCUCUCCUUAUUUUUCUGCUCCCUCCCAGUUGAUUCGUCCUAGGAAGCCCCCUCCUCCGCUCUGCACCCCUCCCUCAGCGGUGCUCCGUCGCCCUGGGUGAGUGGGCAGGGGGGUGGCCCACGGUACCCCCCGACACCUGGGUGCCACCGAGCCGCCAGAGGCUGGUGAGGGGGCAGCUGGGUCAGCACUGGGAAGAUGGCCGCUCUUGCCAGCUCCCUCAUCCGCCAGCGCAGGGAGGUCAAGGACCCCCAGGCAAACCGGCAGAUCGCCAGCAAGCGAAAGCCCUGCCCGAAGAGCAACAAGUCACUUUGCCAGAAGCAAAUCCUCAUAUUAAUAUCAAAAGUUCGAUUAUGUGGCAGUCGAGGGAGAAAACUGGAGAAAAGACCAGAGCCUCAGCUGAAGGGCAUUGUCACGCGGCUCUACUGCAGACACGGCUUCUACCUCCAGAUGCUGCCGGAUGGCACCAUGGAAGGCACAAAGGACGAAAGCAGCUCCUUCUUGCAGUUCAACUUGAUUCCUGUGGGGCUCAGGAUAGUGGCCAUCCAGAGCACCAAGACAGGGCUCUACGUUGCCAUGAACAGCGAGGGCUACCUCUACACUUCGGAACACUUCACACCUGAGUGUAAGUUUAAGGAGUGUGUGUUUGAGAACUACUACGUCACCUACUCGUCCAUCCUGUACAGACAGACCCAGUCAGGGCGGGCUUGGUACAUCGGCAUCAACCGGGACGGCCAAGUCAUGAAGGGGAACCGUGUCAAGAAGACAAAGGGAGCUGCUCACUUCCUGCCCAAACUUAUUGAAGUGGCUAUGUACAGGGAGCCCUCUCUACAUGACGUUGGUGAACAGAGUCCGCCCAGAAAAACGCCCAAGACCUCCAGUGAUUCGCCUGUGCUCCAGAACGGCAAGAAAGAUCCUCAAUCCAAAACCAAAACCUCCUCCUCCUAGCGCUCAGAGACACAGGAGAGAGGAGGGGUAGACAACACGUGGACAAUGGGCACCAGCGGACACCUGAACAAGUUUGUUAGGGCUACCCUCCCCCCACAUGCUGCCUGUAAUACUGAUCCCAUAAUGCACUGGUGACAAACUGGGUAAAAAACAGAAGCAAGUCCAGGCAGAGUGGAGUUGGCCAGUGGGAGGCCCCUUUUACCUUUACAGAAGCCCAUUCACACCAGCCCUCCAUGUUCUUAUUUAAUGACCUUUGUGAUUAGCAGAGCCUGGGAUCUAAAAGCAAUAACUCCGCAAAGAGGUGAAAAGUGGCCUAACAUUGUACAGCAUGUCACCACAGCGUGUUCAACCAGCUGGAAGGGAAACCCCCCCACACCCUCUAGACAUCAUCAUUGAGAUCCUUCCAGUCAACCAAAUAUCCAAACAAAGUCUUCCUGGGUUUAACACAAAGAGUGCACUGGGUAAAUCUGUCCCUCUGCUGCACAUGCUCCACAAUUGGGUUAUGUUUUUAUUCCCCUAUGGGGUUUAAUGCUAACGUUAGCUUGACACAGAGUCAUGCUAAUAUGAGGCUGUCACACAGACCCUUUGGUUCUAAAGCCAUCUGCUCACUCCACAUCUUCAGCGUGUGCGUCAGCAACUUUGUGAGAUAGCCUGAAUAUGUGUCAGUCCUAUAUGUGUGUGUGUGUGUGUGCAUAUGUGUGUUCCCUUCUUCCAUUCACCUUUGCUACGAUUUUAUUAGUUCGUGACAUGGACUCAAUUUUCCACUCUGCGGCACAAGAAAGCCCCUCCCUCCUCUGCGGCUCCGUUAAUGGAGUCUGGGACUGAUCAGAAUCUUUCGACCCUUAAACGAGGGGUCAAAAGCUCCCCCGGCACAUUGCGUAACCGCAUAACCCACACUCAUUUAUACACUUACAUCUACACAUGCAUGUUUGUGGUGUGUGCAGCACGUGCACACACUUUAGAGCCCAGAUGUCCAUGAGCAUCGACCGCUGAAAACCAUCUCACACCUUAACACACUUAACAAAGUGACAUGCAUUAACACACACACACACAAACACGCACGCUUGUGACUGCACCCACUAACAUGCCGAUACAGUGGUGAGUGUGCGUGCAGGUUCUGGGAGAUGAUGAGGAUAUCAUCAGCGAAAUGGGUUGGUGAUGGAGCCUGGCUGUGCGGUUUGUGAUUGUGCUGCAAUAGCUGUUUUCACUGUGGCCGGCCAUGCAUUGCACAAGCCCUCAAGGGCCACACAGUAUCUCUGCAAAUCAUCUUUUGUUUCACUGCACACACACACAUAUAUAGAAAUGCCAAUUUUGUAUUUUGUCAUCAUACUCUGCCAUCAUGUUCAGGGGGUCUGACUUAAGAUUUUGACCUAAUACUGUGUAAAAUAGUCAAUAUUCACACAUACACUGAUAUUCAGUGAAAGGCUAAAACUAAGAGAACAACCUUUCAUUUGAUAUAUCACAAUCAGUAAUCCUUUUAAUCGGAUUUAAUGUCAAGUGGCUGUCUUGAAACUAAAGAUAAAUGUGAAAAUAAUAUAUGACAGUUGGCUACGCAGCUCGGUGUGUAAAGUAGUCUGAAAGUGUCGGCAUUUUCUGAGUUUUAAGCUGUUUCACUAAUUUGUCAUACACUAAGAGUUAUCUUACAUCUGUAUGUGAAUUACACUUCCCCAAAUUUUUGAGCUGCAUAGCAUUGUUCAAAUAAACCAUGUUUAUUCCUUAAAGAUAAAGAUAAAGUUACAAGACAUUAUGGAAAGCAGCUCUGGUGGAAAAAGCUCAGUUCCCCCUGAGCAAUGUGGCAGCAACACUAAAAAAGGAAAAAAAUUGCCCAAAAUGCUGACUUUAAGUAAUUUGAUUUAAUGUAAGUUUCCAUCUAUUUUUUUUUUUUUUAUCACGUAAGUACAAUGUAAAAGGUUCACUUUAAUGGUCAAAUGAAAUUUAGUUGAUUGAUAUACAUUCAGUUUAUACCAAGGCGAUCCUUAUUUGAAUAAAAACCUUUGAUUUUAGAAAGAUUUAAAAAUUGUAUUUUUUAUUUUUAAACUUGUAGUUUUCAGGCAUGAGUUUGGGAGU